ACAUAUUUCAUAUUUUUGAAAUGUAAGGUAUAUCUAAAAAUGAUGAACAGACCAUUCGCCAAUAUAGUUUAAAACAAGAUACAUAAAAUACUAGCCAAUUAGGUCCUCAUAUUGAAGUUAUAUUCAUAAGGAUAUUCUUGAGGAGUGGAUGUCUGCACCACAAGAAAAGAAAUUUAGAAACUAUUCUUCUCUGCAACAAAAUAUACUAGUGCAACAUGUGGGGCCAUUUAAAUUGGAAAAAACUCUCGGGAAAGGCCAAACAGGUUUAGUCAAAUUGGGCCUUCACUAUAAAACUGGAAAAAAGGUUGCGAUAAAGAUAGUAAAUCGGGAAAAACUAAGUCCAAGCGUUUUACAAAAGGUUGAACGUGAAAUAUCUAUAAUGAAAUUGAUCGAGCAUCCCAACAUUUUGACACUAUAUGACGUUUUCGAAAAUAAAAGAUAUUUAUACUUGGUGUUAGAAUACGUUCCAAAUGGCGAAUUAUUCGAUUAUCUAGUUAAAAAGGGUAGACUAACGCCUAAAGAAGCCAAAAAAAUAUUUAGAGAGAUAAUAUCAGCAUUGAAUUAUUGUCAUAGUCAUUCAAUUUGCCAUAGAGAUUUAAAACCAGAGAAUCUAUUGCUAGAUGAAAAUAAUAGCAUUCGAAUAGCUGAUUUCGGUAUGGCAUCCCUCCAGAUGGAUGGACUAUUAUUGGAGACUAGUUGUGGAUCUCCACAUUACGCAUGUCCCGAAGUUAUACGAGGAGAAAAGUAUGAUGGUCGUAAGGCGGAUAUAUGGAGCUGUGGCGUCAUCUUGUAUGCUUUAUUAGUGGGAGCUUUACCAUUUGACGAUGAAAAUUUACGACAUUUGCUAGAAAAGGUUAAACGUGGCUAUUUUCACACCCCUUCAUUCGUUAGCCCGGAAUGCCAAGAGUUGAUUAAGGGAAUGAUCGAAAAAGAUCCAGACAAAAGGAUGACCCUUGCCCAAGUGCUAAAUCAUUCGUGGGUCGCCAACAAAAACGAAAUUAUUAUAGAGCCGCCUAUAUCUCAGAUAGUUCAAACGCAUAUAAUUACAUCUAAGGACGAAAUUGAUGUAGAUAUACUAUCUUGUAUGCUAGCAUUGGCCUGUUUUAAAAGCGAAGAUACAUUGAUAGAGCAACUUCUUAAUCCAAAACACACAAUGGAAAAGGUUAUAUAUUUUUACCUACUAGACCGUAAAACUAGAAAUCCAAAUUACUCAGAUGAAACAGUCCCGAAAUUAAUAAAGACCAACAAGCUUCUAGAAGAAGAUCCCCCAAGAAAAAGAUUAGAUAAAUGCAUUAUAAAUUACAAAUCUUUGAGCAGGUAUAGUUUGGACACUCUAAGCGAUGGUUCCCCUUAUGUUUCUCAAUAUUCGCCUAGUGAAUAUAGAUUUUAUUUGGGAAAAUGGAAUGGUUCUAGAAGUUUUUAUAACAAUCCCUUGCCAUCACCAUCUGCUAGUCCUAGAUUUAGUUCGGAUCGUCGUGGUCAAAAGUUUUUAUCCAACAACUCUCUUCAGCAAAACAACUGUGACAAUCACCAUGAAAAUGGUGCCUUUAUUGAAGAUCAUAAUCAAAACGAUUUACAAGGAAAGCCCUUUGCCUUUAAUUUUAACUUUUAUGGCACGGGUAAGUAUAAGAGAAGGUCCGAAAAUUCUAAUCAAACAGAUAAAACGCACGUAAUUAAUAACAAAACAUCUAAAUUAACAGAACGUCAUUCCACACAAAACAAACAUUCUCUCGAUUCAAAAGGCAUAUAUAUUCCUCAUUAUCGAUGCUUAAACGCUUUAGUUCAAACUAAUUCUAGCGAUAAUGCAAAACAUUUCACCAAUGAAAAAAUUCAACACGAUAUAUCCAUUAAACAUGAAACUAAAGUAGAAACCGAAUCCCUUUCCCACUUCAACAAAUAUCCCUCAAAUAUCAAAUCCAGGUUAAAUGUGCUUAAAAAUUUGAACCUGAUCAAUGGGUCACAACCAUUAACGGUCGAUAUAACCAACGUCGAAAAACUUAAAAAACCAAGUUUAAAGCAUGCGCAAAAAUUAAAUCAUAUAAAGAAUUUAAAUGAUAAACAAAGAGGAGAUCGAAUGACUAUAUACAGUAGAUUUCAUCAUUUAUCGUGUCACUCGAAUGUGUCCAACACUUCUUGCGAAAAUAAUCAUAACAACCUUACCGAUAAAACAAUGUUACUUACUUCCAACUAUUAUACUCCCAAUACCUCGACUGAAAGUAUUUACCAAAGCCUCGAGCAUAACAACGAUAAUAAAUUAUCUCAAUUUCGAUAUAAUAACGAGUCAAAAAAAUCGUGGUUCAAUUCUUUGCUUAACCUCGAUAAUUCCGAGACUCGUGUUAUCACCAUUCGCCAUACAACAAUCAACCUCGUUAAAUCUCGCCUUGUUAAUAUUUUUUUUCACAUACCAGAUUUGACUCAUACAAUAAUAGGGGUCAGUUCGUUUAAAAUAGAUUACAAACGUAACUCCAACUCUGGCAUGUUUCAACGAACGAUUAAAUUUCAAGUCGAUAUCAUCACAUCAAAAGAAAACUCUGUUAUUUGUAUAAACGAAAAGGAUAAUCUAAGUAGCCACAAAAGUGCUGUAAAUAAAUGUGAAAAAGAUUCCGAUAAAAUAUCCCCAAUUAGUGAAAAAAUGCUUUACGUCGAUUCCUCUCAAAUUAGUUUACUCGAAGUUCAAGAUACUGCCACAUCAUUAAAUAAACAAAAUAAUUCCCCUAUUUAUAGUUCCACAUCAGAUGGCGGGGCAUUCAAUUCCAAAUUAUCCACAUUCCAUAUAACUUUCACCCUACUAUCAGGACCCGUCAAAAGAUUCAACAGAUUAUGUGAUUAUAUCCAAAAUUUAAUGUCUUCCCCUCAAGGAACGAUCGCUUCAAAAUAUUUUUAACAUUUUGAUAUAUAUUGAAAUAAAAAUAGCAAUAAAAUUUAAGAUAUAGCUAUUAUUAUAUAAUUUUUAUUUUAUAAUAUCAAAC